AUGAGCGACGAAACAAACGGCGCCGGCGAGCGAUUUGCCAUCGGUAUCUCUUUCGGCAACUCCUCCAGCUCCAUUGCCCGUAUCAACCCCGAAGGCAAGGCUGAGGUUAUUGCCAACGAGGAAGGAGACCGUCAGAUCCCCUCUAUCCUCUCAUACAUCGGUGGAGAGCAAUACCACGGUACCCAGGCUAAGGCCCAGCUCAUCCGCAACUCCGAGAACACUGUUGCAUACUUCAGAGAUUACCUUGGCAAGGACUUCAAGUCAAUAGACCCCACCCCCUGCCACAACUCCGCCCACCCCAUCCAGACCGACUCGACUGUUGCUUUCUCCAUCCGUGACACGGAGAGCGAGACCCCCAACACUGUCACUGUUUCCGAGAUCACCACCCGUCACCUGCUCCGUCUGAAGCAGUCCGCCUCCGACUACCUUGGCAAGGAGGUCAACGCCGCCGUUAUCACCGUCCCUACCGACUUCAACGAUGCUCAGCGCGAGGCCCUGACUGCGGCCGCCAAGGCUGCCGGACUUGAUGUCCUGCAACUCAUCCACGAGCCCGUCGCUGCUGCCCUUGCCUACGACGCUAGGCCCGAGGCUACUGUCACCGAUAAGCUCACUGUCGUCGCCGACCUCGGUGGUACCCGAUCCGACGCUGCCGUUAUUGCUUCCCGCGGCGGAAUGUACACUAUCCUGGCUACUGCUCACGACUACGAGCUGGGUGGUUCUUCUCUGGACCAGAUCGUCAUUGAUCACUUUGCCAAGGAGUUCAUUAAGAAACACAAGACCGAUCCCCGCGAGAAUGCCCGUGGGCUUGCCAAGUUGAAGAUGGAGGGUGAGGCCACAAGGAAGGCUCUGAGCUUGGGCACAAACGCUACCUUGAGCAUUGAGUCUCUUGCCGACGGAAUCGACUACGGCAGCACCAUUAACCGCACUCGCUACGAGCUCCUCUCCAACAAGGUGUUCGCUCAGUUCACCGGCCUGAUCGAGCAGGUCAUUAAGAAGGCCGAGCUCGAUGUCCUUGACAUCGACGAGGUUAUCUUCUCCGGUGGUGUCUCUCACACCCCCAAGAUCGCCCAGAUCGCCCGCAGCAUUUUCCCCGAGAAGACCCAGAUCCUGGCUCCCUCCACCCUGACCUCCGCCAUCAACCCCUCUGAGCUGUCCGCCCGUGGUGCCGCCAUCCAGGCUUCUCUGAUCCAGGAGUUUGAGACCGAGGAUAUCGAGCAGUCCAUCCACCCCAUGGUCACCGCCACUCCCCAUCUCAACAAGGCCAUCGGCGUUGAGUUCACUUCCGGCGAUGCCGUCGAGUUCCUGCCCCUCCUCAACACCCAGACCGCUCUCCCCGCCCGCCGUGUUGCCCAGUACAACGUCCCCGCCGAGGGAGGUGACGUCUUCAUCCGCGUCUGCGAAGGCUCCCGUGAGAUCAAGGUCACCAAGCCCGAGCCCAAGGCCAAGGAGGAGAAGCCCAAGACUGAGGAUGACGAGGACGACUCUGACUUCGACUCCGAUGAUGAGGAGGAGGAGAUCCGUGAGGUCGUCUGGAAGACCGAGCAGCCCAUCGCCGAGCUCGCCGUCAAGGGCGUCAAGGCCAAGGGCAAGGUCGAGCUGAUGAUCCACAUCAACGCCGACCUCGGUCUGCAGAUCACCGCUCGGGAAGUUGGCGGCCAGAGCGCCGUCCGUGGCGCCGUUGAGUCACCAUGA